CCACCGGAGCAGAGCAGGGGUGCACAGUGCAGGCAGCACUGUCCUCUGAAGGGGCAGCUAUGGGGCUGGUCGGGUGCUUAGGUAUGGGGCAGUUGCCCAAUGUGCUGGUCCCUGCUGACCCUCCAUGGAUAGAAAGCUGAGUCUUUAUGGUGGCUUGGUUUGCUCUGCUUUGAUUUACUGUGUGGUUUUAUAAAGCCAUUGGAGUGAGUCUCUACAGCAGAGGGGCUGGGAAAACCACUGUUCUCAAAAUUAUUUUGGCGUAUUUCAAACUGGAGGCUUCAAAUUGAGCAGCUUUGUCUUUCUUGCACGCUUGAUCUGGACAUGCCAGCCUGGAGUAAGGUUAUCACUGCUUUUGGUCUUUAAUUCUAAAUAGAGAAUUUGAAAAUUCAGAACAGAUGUUAAGAAUUUUCUUGGACUUAUGCUACAAGAUGAACUAUUUAAGUAUUUUCCUGAAAAAUUAUCUAAGUGAUUGAAAGACAUUAUUUUUUUUACCAGAGACUGAAAUGCACGACAAAUUCUCCAUGUUUCCAAGCUUCUCACAUUAUACUCUUGAUCUCUAUUAGAGACAUUUACACCAUGCACAAGUCUUAGUUCUGCAGCAUCCACCAAAAGAUCAUUCCAGAACAUUAAAGGCUUCCAGUUCUUGUGUAUUCUUUGCAAUAGAGAAUUUAGUGUGUAACCUUUGAUGUUCAGUGAUGUUAAGAUGUAGUCAGGUGUGCUGAAACGCGCUGAACAGAGCUAUAAACAGUAAAAUACAUUUUCUGAGUUUUCAUUGUGGCUACAGAGAUCCUAGAUCUUCAGUGCAGGAGCAGUUUGAGAAUCAAAAGACCUGGAAUGCAGGGAAGCAUUAAGGUGCGUUUCUGAUGGUACCUGUGUGUACUGCCUGAUCCCUCAGUGCCCAGGGCUUGCAGAGAGGGCAGGACCUAGGAAACUACAGCAUGGGGCUGUGGGGAGCGAGGGUUUGGACAGCCUGGGAAAAAUAUGGGAGCACUCUCCUGUUCUGGGUGAUGUCUGACUGCUCAGCCAUGACAGGCAAAAUUACUCUCAACCUAAUUCCUAAUUUUUUUGAGGCAUGGAAUCUGGCUGUUUUCCAAUAAUGAAUCAGUUAUCUAUCCUCAAAUGAGUGGUAGCACAAGUCCAGAGAGUAUUUUGAGUAGAUGAACCCAGUAGGUGAAUCCCUUGUGUAGGGAAGGAAGAGGGUUUUGUAUUAACUUCUCUCAAUUUCUUACUCAUACCAGAUUCCAAGGCUCUCACAAAACCUCCUCUUGCUAUUUCCUGUUCCUAUAAGGUGAAGAUGAGAACCUGCCUUGACUUUUCCCAAACAGGAUCCCUGCCCCUGCAAGUACUGCCCUGUUAUGUGCAGGUGGAGACACGGUGGGAUACGUGGACCAACAAGCAGCGCCCUUCUGAAAGAAAGGUGCUCAUGGCUGAUACAGCUCCACACGGAGGGGUCUCAUGGGUCCGUUCCUGGCCUCAGAGCCCAUUUGCAGCCUAAGCAUCUCCUCUCCCUUUGAUAAUGAAUGGAAUGGGGAAGGAAUCUGUUCCUGUUUGUCUGCCUAGGAGUAUUGGGCAAAAUGCCAGCCCCUGAGCAGAGCCCAAUGGUGGAGGAGGGGCUGCCGCAGACAGCACAGGAGGCUUCCACGGGCCCGGGCAUGGAACCAGAGACUACUGCCACGACCAUUCUAGCUUCUGUAAAGGAACAGGAGCUUCAAUUUCAAAGACUUACCAGAGAACUGGAAGUGGAAAGGCAAAUUGUGGCUAAUCAGCUAGAGAGAUGUAGGCUUGGAGCAGAGUCACCAAGUAUCGCCAGCACAAGCUCUACUGAGAAGUCAUUUCCUUGGAGAUCCUCAGAUCCUCCACCCACCAGCGUAAGCAAGCCCCAGGUGUCAGAGGGUGUUCACACCAAUGCCUAUGAUAUUAGGACAGAAGCAGAGCAAGGGACUCUCUACUCGCCAGAGCAGACAUCUCUCCAUGAAAGUGAGGGGUCUGUAGGUAACUCAAGAAGUUCAACACAAAUGAAUUCUUAUUCUGACAGUGGUUACCAGGAAAUAAGCAGUUUCCAUAACAGCCAAAACUUGAACAAGGCAGAGCUCAGACAGCAGCAUUCCCUUGGUGGACCCCUCAACAGCCACGAUGCGGUGAGGAGCUCGCGCGCCGAGGGGCAGGCGUCAGUCCAGCCUUCAGGCACUACCGCUGCCAACCGUGUGAUGAGACGGGUCAGUUCGGUGCCAUCCAGAGCCCAGUCUCCCUCCUACAUGGUGGGCACGAGCAUGUCCCCGUCGCGGGGGUCGCUGCGGACGUCUCUGGGCAGCGGGUACGGCUCUCCCGGCGUGGCCGAGCAGAGGUCCCUGCCCUCGCACGCGUACUCGUCCACCACGCUGCCCGUGCAGCGGGCGGGCUCCCCGUACGGCGCGCACCGGCCGGCCUCGCCCUCGGCCGUGCGCCGCGCCGGCUCGCUCACCUCGCGGCAGGCCAACCCCGGCGGCGGCGCUGCCCCGUACCCCGCGGCCGGCAGGCUCGGCUCUCCUCUCGCUCUGGCCGAUGUGCAAGCCCGGGUGGGCUCUCCGUCCCAGGCCCAGCUGGGGUCCUCUUCCCCGAAGUGCUCUGGCAUGACGGCGGUUCCACAGCACUUGGGGACCACGCUGCAGAGGACGAUUCACGACGUGGAGCCGUAUGGACAGCAGUACGAUAUCUAUGAGAGGAUGGUUCCCCCGCGGCCAGAUAGCCUCACAGGCCUGAGGAGUUCGUACGCGAGCCAGCACAGCCAGCUGGGGCAGGAGCUGCGCUCGGCGGUGUCCCCGGACAUGCACAUCACGCCCAUCUACGAGGGCAGGACGUUCUACAGCCCCGUGUACCGCAGCCCCAGCCACGGCGCCGUCGAGCUGCACCACGGCUCCCAGGCCGCCCUGUUCCGCGCCGGCUCCGGCAUGGGUAACCUGCAGCGGUCCUCCAGCCAGCGCAGCACCCUCACGUACCAAAGAAACACCUACGGGCUGCCCUCGGCGGCCGCGCUGGCGGAGCCGCUGCGGGCGCUGCCGUUCCGGCUGCCCGAGCCCGGCUACGGCCGCCUGCCCCCCGCGCCCGACGGCGGCACCACGCGCUCGCCCUCCAUCGACAGCAUCCACAAGGACCCCAGGGAGUUUGCGUGGCGAGAUCCGGAGCUGCCUGAGGUCAUCCACAUGCUGCAGCACCAGUUCCCCUCGGUGCAGGCCAACGCCGCUGCCUAUCUGCAGCACCUCUGCUUUGGGGAUAACAAGGUGAAAACAGAGGUCUGUAGGCUAGGAGGUAUCAAGCACCUGGUGGAUCUCCUGGAUCACAGAGUCCUGGAGGUUCAGAAGAAUGCCUGUGGUGCGCUGAGGAACCUCGUUUAUGGAAAGUCCACUGAUGAGAACAAAAUAGCCAUGAAGAACGUGGGAGGGAUACCUGCCCUUCUGCGGCUGCUGAGGAAGUCAGUCGAUGGCGAGGUCAAAGAGCUGGUGACAGGGGUUCUCUGGAACUUGUCUUCGUGUGAUGCUGUGAAGAUGACAAUCAUUAGAGAUGCCCUGUCCACGCUGACCAACACUGUGAUAGUGCCACACUCGGGAUGGAACAGCUCCUCCUUUGAUGAUGAUCAUAAAAUUAAAUUUCAGACUUCCCUCGUUCUGCGCAAUACAACAGGAUGCCUGAGAAACCUGAGCUCCGCUGGGGAAGAGGCACGAAAGCAGAUGAGGUCCUGCGAAGGACUAGUCGAUUCGCUGCUCUACGUGAUCCACACCUGUGUGAACACCUCAGAUUAUGAUAGCAAGACAGUGGAGAAUUGUGUGUGCACCUUGAGGAACCUUUCCUACCGCUUGGAACUGGAGGUGCCUCAGGCACGGCUGCUGGGAAUCAAUGAACUGGAUGACUUGUUGGGAAAAGAGUCACCCAGCAAAGACUCCGAGCCAAGCUGCUGGGGGAAGAAAAAGAAGAAGAAAAAAAAAACUUCCCAGGAGGAUCAGUGGGAUGGAGUUGGCCCUAUCCCGGGAUUUUCCAAGUCUCCUAAAGGGGUGGAGAUGCUCUGGCACCCAUCGGUGGUGAAGCCAUACCUGACACUGCUGGCAGAGAGCUCCAACCCAGCCACUCUGGAGGGCUCUGCAGGAUCACUCCAGAACCUUUCUGCAGGCAAUUGGAAGUUCGCAGCCUACAUCCGCGCUGCCGUGAGGAAGGAGAAGGGGCUGCCCAUCCUCGUGGAGCUGCUGAGGAUGGACAACGACAGAGUGGUGUCAUCUGUGGCCACUGCCUUAAGGAACAUGGCCUUAGACGUCCGGAACAAGGAGCUUAUUGGCAAAUACGCGAUGCGAGACCUGGUCAAUCGGCUGCCAGGAGGCAACGGCCCCAGCAUCCUGUCGGACGAGACGGUGGCCGCGAUCUGCUGCGCCCUGCACGAGGUCACCAGCAAGAACAUGGAGAAUGCCAAGGCCCUCGCCGACACCGGUGGCAUAGAGAAGCUGGUCAACAUAACAAAGGGAAGAGGUGACAGGUCCUCACUGAAGGUUGUCAAGGCGGCGGCCCAGGUACUGAACACGCUGUGGCAGUACCGAGACCUCCGGAGCAUUUACAAAAAGGAUGGAUGGACUCAAAGUCACUUUAUUACACCCGUAUCAACACUGGAACGAGAGAGGUUCAAAUCCCAUCCUUCUCUAUCCACAGCCAAUCAGCAGAUGUCACCUGUCAUGCAGUCAGUUGGCAGCACGUCCUCGUCCCCGGCUUUGUUGGGAAUCAGAGAGCCUCGCUCCGAGUACGACAGGACGCACCCUUCUAUGCAGUAUUACAGUAGCCAGGGCGAUGUCAUUGCACAUAAAGACAUCUACACUGGUUCUAGCAAAGCUUCACCAAUUUACAUCAGUUCCUAUUCCUCACCAGCGAGAGAGCAGAACCGGCGGCUGCAGCAGCAUCAGCAAUUGUACUACAGCCAAGAAGAUACCACCAGGAAAAACUACGAUGCCUAUCGGUUGUACCUGCAGUCCCCACACAGCUACGAGGACCCUUACUUUGACGAUCGAGUUCACUUUCCUGCUACUUCAGAUUACACAACACAGUAUGGACUGAAAUCAACCACCAAUUAUGUAGACUUUUAUUCCACCAGACGAUCCUCUUACCGAGCAGAACAGUACCCGGGCUCUCCUGACUCCUGGGUGUAGCACAGAGAGAAAAACCCAGCGUGCUUCUUGUCUGGCUUGAGAAGGACUGGAAUGGCCCCGUGUUGUUUUGGUUAAGAAAUAUGAAAGUGAAAGAAAAGAAGGAAAAAGGAUGAUCGGUGUUUUGGGUUGUUUUUUUUUUUUGGGGGGGGGGGGGGUGGCUUGGUUUUGGUCUUGGGGUUUUUGUUUUUUGGGGGUUUUUUUGAGUGAGGAAUUGUCAGGAGAAAAAGCUGGCAGGGAUGCUUUUGCUCUGCUUAGGUGUUAGGUAUCAUUACUUGUAGCUCCUGUAGUCUGGUGAGGGUGUGGGCGAUGUGAUGAAAGGUUUGAGAAUUGAGUAUGAUGAAUUUGGAAAGUGUGUAGGUCAGAGCAAAUUAAAGCCGAUUUUUUUUAAUGUGAAUAAAAGUCUUGUUCUGAUAGUUUGUACAGAAAAAAUCCAAUGGCUGCCCUUGUUUUAUUGCUAUUAUUGAAUGUCAGGAUUGUAUGCUACUGCGUCAUGUAAAUUUCUUUGUUGGUGUAAAUAUGGAAAUGCCACAUUGGUCUCAAGUGCCAUCCAUUUGUAAUGCAGUGUGUCAUUGGAAAAGGAAUUUGAAAUAUCAUGCACAAAACAAAAAGACAAAACCCAAAAUCAAGAAUUGAAACCAAUUCAAUUCUUGUGAAUUCUAAGAAGAAAAGAGCCCAAAUUUUAAAAUAUGAAUAGUGUAAUUUUGAAGCACAAAGUCUAGUCCAGUAUAUCCAUACCUCUCCCAUUCCCUGCCUAUUUCAUAAGGAACUUCACUGCCAUUUUCUAUGCACAUGGAAUAACAAUAAAUAUGGAAGUCUCAUCCAUGGAA